AUGCUUUUAAUUGCUUGCAUUGCGUUUUGUGCUGUCCUGUGCUGCUCUGUGCUGCCCCUCCAUUUCAUUGCGCAACCGACAACAACGCCUGGAAUCACUGGUCUCAACUACGAACCCCUUGCACUCGAAUACUUCGAAAGUGGCAUUGAUAUCGAUCGAAUUGCUGUUGCGCUCCAUAUCUUGGUUGCUACUAUCAUUGUCGCCGACCCAAGAAAUCCCGCAUUGAUACUUCAAUCAACCUUCAAAAUGUUUCCAACCGGUUUCCGUAUUUGGCAUCCGUGUACGACCCGACAUCCCGGCGCAACCUCCGGCCUGUAA